CCAGCCCCAGGCCGGGAGGCCCAGAUGGGGGAACCCCGGGCUGGGGUCCCCCUGGACGAUGGCAGCGGCUGGACAGGAAGUGAGGAAAGAAGCGAGGAGGGCACUGGCGGCAGUGAGGGGGCGGGUGGAGACGGGGGCCCAGACGCAGAGGGUGUCUGGAGUCCAGACAUCGAGCAGAGCUUCCAGGAGGCCCUGGCCAUCUACCCACCCUGUGGCCGGCGGAAAAUCAUCCUGUCCGAUGAAGGCAAGAUGUAUGGUCGGAAUGAACUGAUUGCCCGCUACAUCAAGCUGAGAACAGGGAAGACUCGAACUCGCAAACAGGUCUCUAGUCAUAUCCAGGUUUUGGCCCGAAGGAAAUCGAGGGAAAUCCAGUCCAAGCUCAAGGCCCUGAAUGUGGACAAGGCUUUCCAGACAAUGGCCACCAUGUCCUCAGCCCAGCUCACCUCAUUACCUUCCCUGCAGGCCAAACUUGGUCCCGCUGGUCCUCAGGCCCCAGAGCUUUUCCAGUUUUGGUCGGGGGGUUCUGGGCCCCCCUGGAAUGUUCCAGAUCAGAAGCCAUUCUCGCAGACACCGUUCUCCUUGUCACUGACUCCUCCAUCUACUGACCUCACAGGGUACGAGCCCCCCCAAGCCCUCUCACCUCCUGCUUUGUCCCCACCUGCCCCAUCACCCCCAGCCUGGCAGGCUCGGGCUCUGGGCACUGCUCGGUUGCAGCUGGUGGAGUUCUCGGCCUUUGUGGAACCUCCGGAUUCAGCUGACUCUUACCAGAGGCACCUGUUUGUACACAUCAGCCAGCACUGCCCCAGCCCCGGAGCACCCCCCCUCGAGAGUGUGGACGUCCGGCAGAUCUAUGACAAAUUCCCUGAGAAAAAGGGUGAUCUGCGGGAGCUGUAUGAUCGUGGGCCCCCCCACGCCUUCUUCCUGGUCAAGUUCUGGGCGGACCUGAACUGGGGCCCGAGUGGCGAGGAGGUGGGGGCUGGCGGUAGCAGUGGUGGCUUCUAUGGAGUGAGCAGCCAGUACAAGAGCCUGGAGCACAUGGCCCUCACCUGUUCCUCCAAGACGCAGCGUGCCCAGCUGGAGGACGGGAGGUUCGUGUACCGCCUGCUGCGCUCACCCAUGUGUGAGCACCUGGUGAAUUUCCUGCACAAGCUUUGGCAGCUACCCAAGUGCUAUAUGAUGAACAGUGUCCUGGAGAACUUCACCAUCCUCCAGAUGGUGACAAACAGAGACACCCAGGAACUGCUGCUCUGCACCGCCUAUGUCUUCGAGGUCUCCACCAGUGAGCGGGGGGCCCAGCACCACAUUUACCGCCUGGUCAGGGACUGAAGGGGGACCCCAGAAGUGGCUCACCCCCGGAAUACCCUCCUCCCAGGAAGGACCUCC